UGACUUUACCAAAGUGUUGGUAAUUAUGUAGAACAUAUGGACAUAAAAGCUUCAGUAGGAAUUCCCUACUGGAAAUAUGACAGCAUGAACAUGUGAAAAGCAGAAACGCUCAGGCCUUUAUACUAAUCUUUGGUAAUGAAGAAUAACUAGCACACCGUUUGCCUCCUAUUCCUUGGUCUGUAUAGAGUGUAAAUAAACUUUAUUUUGCUAUGAUUUCUUGAACGUUUAACAAGUUUAUCAUAGCAUGAAAAAAGUAAAUUACUGGUAACUUUGUGAUUAACACUCACCUUUCUCAUAGCAUUACCUUGAUGCGUGAGUGUUUGUGAGUACUUGAUGCAUGAACACUGUUGUAAUUGCCACAGCUGUAAGCAGUCUUUUACCUCCCAAGAGCUAGAAGGAAAAUGCUAGACAGUUACACAGGAGCAGUUCACCUUAUUUCACAAUUGACCCCUUCUAAUUAUUUAUGGCCAAUUUCUUUCUUUUUUUUUUUCUUUUUCUUUUUUUUUUACACCAAUUAAGUAAUUUAAAUGAAAUAAAACAGCCCCCACCCCAAUUUAACUCUCUUAAAUGGCGAAAUACUUCUUGCACGCAUUGUACACGCAUGCCUCGGCUAACAGGGAUAGGAAUGCUUGUAAUUACUGUUAAUUUCCCUCCAAGAAAUAGCAUUAUAUACCAUUAAAUAGCAGUAUGUUUGUUUGUUUUUUCCUCUUCAUCUGCCUUUUUGCUUCAUAGAUUGACUGUCAUUAUCUCUGUGAUCAGGACUUGUUCAUUCAUAGACUUGUUCAAGUAAUACUUGCCAAGUUGCUGCCCCUGCAGAACAAUAUCUCCAAGAGAAGCUUCCAGAUGAAGUGGUCCUGAAGAUCUUUUCCUACCUGCUGGAACAGGACCUGUGCCAGGCAGCUUGUGUGUGCAAGAGAUUCAGUGAGCUAGCAAAUGACCCUAUUCUCUGGAAGAGAUUGUACAUGGAGGUGUUUGAAUACACACGGCCCAUGAUGCACCCAGAGCCAGGAAAAUUCUAUCAGAUAAACCCUGAAGAAUAUGAACAGCCCAACCCAUGGAAAGAAAGCUUUCAGCAACUGUAUAAAGGAGCACAUGUAAAGCCUGGUUUUGCAGAGCAUUUUUACAGUAAUCCAGGCAGAUACAAAGGAAGAGAAAAUAUGCUGUACUAUGACACCAUUGAGGAUGCUUUGGGAGGGGUCCAGGAAGCCCACUUUGAUGGGCUGAUAUUUGUUCAUUCUGGCAUUUAUACAGAUGAAUGGAUCUAUAUUGAAUCUCCCAUCACAAUGAUUGGUGCAGCCCCUGGAAAGGUAGCUGAUAAAGUUGUUAUUGAGAACACUAGAGAUUCAACAUUUGUUUUCAUGGAGGGUUCAGAGGAUGCAUAUGUGGGUUACAUGACUAUUAGGUUCAACCCUGAUGAUAAAUCUGCCCAACAUCACAAUGCACACCACUGCCUGGAGAUCACCGUGAACUGUAGCCCCAAUAUCGACCACUGCAUUAUCCGCAGCACCUGCACGGUGGGGUCAGCAGUGUGUGUCAGUGGCCAGGGUGCAUGUCCUACCAUCAAGCACUGCAACAUCAGUGACUGUGAGAAUGUGGGGCUGUACAUUACUGACCAUGCACAGGGCAUUUAUGAAGAUAAUGAAAUCUCAAACAAUGCACUGGCAGGGAUCUGGGUUAAAAAUCAUGGCAACCCCAUCAUUAGAAGGAACCAUAUCCAUCAUGGCAGAGAUGUGGGGGUGUUUACAUUUGAUCAUGGAAUGGGCUACUUUGAGAGCUGCAAUAUUCACAGAAAUAGAAUUGCAGGUUUUGAGGUGAAGGCCUAUGCUAACCCUACAGUUGUGCGCUGUGAAAUUCAUCAUGGCCAGACAGGAGGCAUCUACGUCCAUGAGAAGGGCCGAGGCCAGUUCAUAGAGAAUAAGAUCUAUGCCAAUAACUUUGCUGGCGUGUGGAUCACUUCCAACAGUGAUCCCACCAUUAGGGGUAAUGCCAUCUUCAAUGGAAACCAAGGAGGCGUUUACAUAUUUGGUGAUGGUAGGGGUCUCAUAGAGGGAAAUGAUAUUUAUGGAAAUGCCCUGGCUGGCAUUCAGAUCCGAACCAACAGCUGCCCUAUAGUCAGACACAACAAGAUUCAUGAUGGCCAGCAUGGAGGCAUCUAUGUGCAUGAGAAGGGCCAGGGUGUUAUUGAGGAGAAUGAAGUGUAUAGCAACACGCUGGCAGGGGUGUGGGUAACCACUGGGAGCACACCUGUGCUUAGGAGGAACAGGAUCCACAGUGGCAAGCAGGUUGGCGUGUAUUUCUAUGAUAACGGUCAUGGAGUGUUGGAAGAUAAUGACAUCUACAACCACAUGUACUCUGGAGUCCAGAUCAGAACUGGCAGCAACCCUAAAAUUAGACGAAACAAAAUAUGGGGAGGGCAGAAUGGAGGUAUUCUUGUUUACAACUCGGGGCUUGGUUUCAUUGAAGACAACGAGAUCUUUGACAAUGCAAUGGCAGGGGUCUGGAUUAAGACAGACAGCAACCCCACCCUACGCAGGAAUAAGAUCCACGACGGCCGGGAUGGUGGUAUCUGCAUAUUCAAUGGUGGGAGGGGGCUGCUGGAAGAAAAUGACAUCUUCAGGAAUGCCCAGGCUGGUGUUCUCAUAAGCACAAACAGUCACCCUGUGUUGCGGAAGAACCGAAUAUUUGAUGGCUUUGCAGCAGGCAUUGAGAUCACAAAUCAUGCUACAGCAACCUUAGAAGGCAAUCAAAUAUUCAACAACAGAUUUGGAGGUCUAUUUCUAGCCUCUGGUGUCAAUGUCACAAUGAAAGACAACAAAAUCAUGAACAAUCAGGAUGCCAUUGAGAAGGCUGUGAGCAGAGGUCAGUGCCUGUACAAGAUUUCCAGUUACACCAGCUAUCCCAUGCACGAUUUUUACAGGUGCCACACCUGUAAUACAACAGACAGAAAUGCAAUCUGUGUGAACUGUAUCAAGAAAUGCCACCAAGGGCAUGAUGUUGAGUUUAUACGGCAUGAUAGGUUUUUCUGUGACUGUGGUGCAGGUACAUUGUCAAACCCUUGCACAUUAGCCGGGGAGCCAACACAUGACACGGACACUCUGUAUGAUUCAGCACCUCCUAUAGAGUCUAAUACUUUACAACACAACUGAAGCUGAACUUGUCCUCUGUUUCAGCACUCUGGUCUUUAAUUUAACCUGCCUAUAAUGAGCUUCUGCCACUUUGGGCUUAGAAAGACUCUGUAAAGCAAAGGGACACCAGGACUUUGAAUAAAUUGAUAUAUGGGAAAGAACCAUUUGAGAGGAGAUAUGCAGAACUCCCACGGAAAGCUGCCACUUUGCUGGAAAGUGAUGUCUGUGUAUCUCUAAAUGGAAAGUGUUCUGAUGCAAAUGGAAGCAAGAACUAUCCUGUUCUUUUUCAGUUGUGCGAAAUGGCUUUCUGCCUGCAAAGAGUUAAAUGUUGAGAAACUUUGGAAUAGUUAAGGGUUGCACAGAGAAGCAAUAUGUUGACUCAGGAUUCUGGAGAUUAAGAGAUGAGACAACAGUGGCAUCACAUUUUGGAGGAAAACGAUGGAAACUUUCUUGGUCCUUCCAAACCGAUCACCCUGUGCAGUCUCAGUGACGCGUGCAGGUUCAAGUGGAGAAGUUCUGCUGCAGUUUUGUACAGACCUGACAGUGGCCAGAACCCUUUGGAGCCAUAGCCUCUUUCCAGAGAGGCUUCUUGGACAGAAGGGAGAGCCAUGAUGACAUGGCUUCCUUGGCAACUGUUUCUAGGUAACAGAUGUGCUGAAUAUAAUGUAUGGUUUAAAAAAAAGUCAGAAAAAAAAUGUGGUUAGCACUUGCUUUUUUAAAAAAAAUAUGCUAAUGUUAUUCAGAUCAACAAAUAUGAUUUUAAUGCUUUCUCAUGUAGUUUUGUAUUUUCAAGCAAAAAAAAUCUUACAGUAUUUGAAUGUCUUUUAUUUUAUUAUAUAUUAUAUUGUUAUUAAUAUUUUCGUUAGCGCAUGUUAGGCUUGUAAUCAUAUUGUGUCUCAGCAUAUAAAUUCUUUCUGUGAAAGAGGAUUAGUGAAGAAAAAGAUUUGGAAAACAUAACACUAAAAUAUCCUCCAGCGAUGGUUUUCGAUAUGCAUGGUAUGAAGCAGUCGGUGCAUCCUUCCCUUUGGCUGUGAUUCCUUAAAGGCCACUUAAGGUGUUCACUUCACCUUCCACUGCCAUUUAGACAAAAACAGAAGGGUUCUCUGCAUUUUUCUGUUCUUUCAAGAAAAUGUCUAACAGUUUAGAAAAGUAAUUUCUAAACCAAGAAUUAAGUGCUACUAACGUCCCAAAGGCAAUUGAGUUGCCCAUGAACAGUGAACAUUGCUUAUAACAGCAGUGUGAAAUCCUGUGUCCCUGUUGACUUUACUCUUGUCCAUAUAUUGUUCAAUCAACAUGACAUUGAUACAAAUGUCCCCUACUUCUAAUCAAAUAUAUUUUCUUUUGGGUCCAUGGCCCAUUGUGUGUGUGUUGCAUAAAAUUGAAAAGCAUUGCUGGAGUUUACCAUGUUAAAGGCCCUGGCCUCUUAGCUGAGACAUAUCUCUACAGCCUCACUGUCUUUUUGCCCCUCAACUUCAUCCCCAUCUAUGUGUAAUGUGGUGACUGUGGCUUCUCAUGCCGCCUGAAUUGUAUGCAUGUACCAUAACAUCUAGACUUAAUAUAUUGUGAAGUAUUCAAUAACCAUUAUGUAGAUGCUAGUAUGAAUUUAAAAAGGGUUUAAUUUCCUAGAAAAAAAAAGGAAACUGGUCAUUUUUAAGAAAAUAAACUUUAUUAGAUCAAGA